AUGGAUGAUGCUAAAUUUCGCCGGUUGACCGCCCAUAUUCAAGUCAUCGACAAUCUGAUUCCCUUUCCAAUAAAACUGUUCGCAACCAAACGACGUAACCUAGAUGGGCCCCACCCCAACACAGAAGAGGAUCGCCACCGCUACAAGAUCGUCGCUUUCGAAUUCCGAUAUGUCCGCGAAUUUUCCCUUCAGAGGGAAGAAAGUGCUUUUCUCUUACCGCUAGUUCGUCCACCUGUUUUACUUCCUCUAGAAAAACCCAGCAAAUACCAUCAGCCAAAAUACGCUAAAAAAUAUGCCUUGCAAAGCUGGAGAGUCUUAUACUUUGAACGAUACACACCAUUGCACACCUUGCGAGUUCCUUCAUCGUCAAUCAUCGUCGACGUGUCUACCAGGUUAAACUGCUGAAUGCUUUAUUAUUUCAUUCCAACUAUAUCAAAAGAUGGCGCAUUGUCUUUGUAGACGGACCACUUCUACUUUAUUGACCAUCGCUCUUUUCGAAUUUGACAUACAUCGGGUUAAUUUAGUAAAUGAACAGAAUAACUAAACAAGACUUUUCCCACAUUUCCAUCGAGCUUACAUUUUGAGUUGGGUAAUAUGGGUAUGGCAGCGAAUUUUAAAUUGAUAGUUUACAGUUCUGUCACUUAGCACGUAACUUGCAUACUGUCUAAAUAUUUAGAAAACCAGAAAACUAAC